AUGCAUGGUCCAAAUGGAGAACCCCUUUUUACUUGCUUGAGUUGUUCGAUCGCAUUCCUUACGGCAGAAGACCAGCGGGCGCAUUAUAGGAGCGACCAUCACCGGUAUAACAUGAAGCGUCGGGUAGCAAACCUGCCACCUGUCUCUGCAACUGUUUUCAACCAGAAGGUCCUUGACCGCCGAGCCGAAACUGCCAUCACAGUCAGUGUGAAGGAUACGACCUGCGAAAUCUGCAAGAAGGUGUAUGGUUCGGAGGGAGCGUUCCGCGCGCAUAUGACUAGCAAGAAGCAUCGGGAGAAUGAGCUGCAGGCAGCAAUUGCACUCAGUAUGAAGCAGCAGAACGGGGAUAUUGUGGAGAAGAAAGAAGAGGAGCAGAUUGAUCAAGUGCCGAGCUAUCGGGCCCCUGCAGAUGAGGUACCUUCUGCUCCAGAAGCCGCCACAACCCCUAAACAACCACACCCGACAAGAGCACCUACGACGAGGACUCCACAAGCAGACGAUGAUAUGGACACGGACGAGGAGGUCGAGCAAACACUCGAAGAAAAGCUCGCCGCUGCCCGGACACACCUCUCACCAUCCUCAUGUCUCUUCUGUACUGUCGCUUCCUCGUCUAUGCAAGCCAAUUUAGAUCAUAUGUCCUCCAUCCACAGUUUCUUCCUUCCCGACUCAGAAUACCUGGCCGACAUCUCUGGCCUCCUAGGGUAUCUGGCAGAAAAAGUCGCCAUUGGCAACGUGUGCUUGUACUGUAAUGGUCGGGGACGGGCGUUCCACUCUCUCCAUGCGGUUCGCAAACAUAUGGUUGGCAAAGGACAUUGCAAGCUUGCGUAUGAUACAGAGGAGGACCGCUCUGAGCUGGGAGAGUGGUACGACUUUGCGAAGUCCUACACCAAGAAGAGCAAGAAGGAGAAGACUGCGAAGAAGGUUGUUAUUGAGGAGGAAGUCGAGGGAGGGGAUGAGGAAGGAGACGAAGAAAUGGGUGAACAAGAAUGGGAGGAUGUCUCCGACGACGGUGAGGCCGACGAAAUCAUCGAGGUGUCUGGUUCCGAGGUAGAAGACUCUAGUGAAUCCGACGACGAACGGCCUCAGAUUACCUUUGGCAACACACCGUAUGAGCUUGUCCUGCCUUCAGGCGCGCGCAUUGGUCAUCGAAGCCUCAAGCGGUACUACGAUCAAUCCUUCUCUUUCCGCGCUCCUGUCAAGCCGUCUGAUCCGAACAGCGGAGCUGCGCUCGUACGCAAGCUGAUAGGCGAUAAGAACAACCAGCUCGUUCCUCUCAAAGGCGGGUUUGGUGCUUUCGGCGAGGGGACAGAGGUGGUCAAGGCUCGAAAUGUGGGAGAGGCGAAGGAAGCGGGAAGGCACGUGAGGGAAUUCAGGGAUGUCAAGAGAAGAGAACAGUUCAAGACGAAGAUUGCAUUCAGGCACAACAGCCAGAAGCACUUCAGGGAUCCACUGCUUCAGUGA